CUUUCCUGCCACACAGCUGAUCCGUGACAGUACGACGCGACCACGAAUGGACCCCGCAGACUCCGACCCCUACAGUGGCACUCGCCUGGCGCUGGGGGGACCUGCUUUUUGGAACGGUCCCCGGCGACGCCACUCACCUCCUCCUCCUAAGCCACGAGUUAUCCGCACUGGCGGAAUUUUUUUGUCUCCUGCCGCUCGCUCACCUGUCACUCCGCUCACUGGUCCCUCCCCUCCUCAGCGGGCGCCGCAGCCAUGGCGGAAGGGGAAUCCCUGGCAGCAGCUGCAUGAUUCGUCCCCGGAGCCGUGCGGUAUGACGCCGCGGUUUUCCAUGCCGCAGCCACGGAGGACGAGAUCCCGGAGGAAGCAAAGAGACUUUUCGCCGGAGCCGCCGCCCGGAAUGACUCCGGAGGAGUCAUUUUUCCGAUUCCUGGGACACAGGGGUCCCUGGCCUCCCAGCACUUCUGCUUCACCGCUGCCUGCUGCUGAGGGAGGAAGGCCAAGCUCCCGACAGCAUCGUAGAGAAUCGCCGCGGGAGCAGAGCGGGAUAACGCCGCGGAGACGGUCACCACAGCCUCCAGAUUCCACACAGCCGUCGCCGCUUCAUACUCAGUCACCAGGUUCCGGCCACAAAAACCAACUGAGUGAGAAGCACUUUGUAAAAUGAGGUCAUCGCCACACAUCCUUUG